AUGUAUCUCCUUGUCAAAGACUCUGGGCUAGAUUGGUCUGUGUCAAAACGAUGCAAUAAUCAGGCUCUCCCGGCAUCGCCGAUACCAAACUCUGUGCCCUCCUUUGUAGUUCCAACUUCUAACCGAGCCUUCUGUUGUGGAAACUUCAAGAAGAUCAUGCCCACCCGGGCCACCACCUCCUCUUCGGCUGCGCCUCCUGCUCCGACCCCCUCCGCCCGCGCUGCUUGGGCAACGGUGCGUGGUGAGAUUCCGACCUGGUGCCGAGACGAACUGUCUCGCAGCGGGGGAGACUUCGAUCUCCCCGUUUUAGAUUUCAUCUUCGACCAGGUCAUCCGGUACACUCGCGGGGAGGACACGGACUUCCGAGAAGUCCAAGAGAUCACCGCCGAGGAGCGCGAGCUUCUCGAUGAGGUGGCCGCGACGGUGGCAAAGAUGACAACGGCCGAGUCCGGUCCGCCCCGACCCGCCGUCUGUCCGUGUCUCCUCGCCUUUCCUGGGUAUGACCCGGGAGUUUCUGGAACAUCCGAGCAGUCCCUGCAGUCAAUGGAGAGGUGA